UGUGAGGAUCAGCAAACGUAGGUGAAUGUUGUGAAAUAUUUUGAUUUGGAGUUGGAUUUUGUGUUCCCUUUCGUUUGAAAUAGUGAUUUGGGACGAAUUGGAGGAUUUGUGACAAUGGCAAUGUGAAGCACGCCGAGUAAGGAAUCUGGAGCUUGAGCCCUUCGGGUGUGAAAGGUCGCAUUAAAGAUGGCAGAUCCUGAUCCUGAGACGUUGCUGGAAUGGCUAAACAGCGGUCUGGGCGACGAGCGAGACAUGCAGCUCAUCGCCCUCGAACAACUAUGCAUGUUACUUCUCAUGUCCGACAAUGUAGACCGCUGUUUUGAAAGUUGCCCUCCUCGGACGUUUCUCCCAGCCCUCUGUCGCAUUUUCCUCGACGAGCAGGCCCCCGAAAACGUCCUCGAAGUAACGGCACGCGCCAUCACUUACUACCUGGACGUCUCGGCGGAAUGCACACGUCGUAUCGUCGCCAUCGAGGGUGCCGUCCGUGCCAUAUGCAAUCGUCUCGUUGUCGCCGAACUCUCAUCUCGAACGAGCAAAGAUCUAGCCGAACAAUGCGUCAAAGUACUCGAGCUCAUCUGCACGCGUGAGGCCGGUGCCGUGUUUGACGCGGGCGGUCUCAGCGCUAUACUUCCCUUCAUCAGAGACAAUGGAAAUCGAGUACAUAAGGAUACGCUCCAUUCGGCCAUGGCCGUAGUCUCCAGAUUGUGCACGAAAAUGGAACCAGCCGACGUGCAAUUACCCACAUGUGUGCAAGCCUUGAGCACGCUUCUGAGGCACGAGGAUUCGCACGUGGCCGAUGGAGCGUUGCGGUGUUUCGCUUCGGUGGCUGAUAGGUUUACACGGAGAGGUGUUGAUCCUGCACCUUUGGCCCAACACGGUUUAGUAAAUGAGCUUUUGAGUCGAUUGUCGAACGCUGCGGGUCCUUCAGUGGCGACCGGUACGCAGAAUACGUCGGGUAAAGCAUCAUCAACAACGAACGCUACUGCCGCCGUACCAGACGCUAAAGCAACAGCAGCUUCAGUAUCAACAAUCAUCAGUUUAUUGUCCACCUUGUGUAGAGGAUCACCUGCGAUAACACACGAUUUGUUACGUUCGGAAUUACCCGAUGCUAUAGAAAAAUCACUUAAAGGCGACGAACGUUGCGCUUUGGAUUCGAUGCGACUCGUCGAUUUACUUCUAGUUUUAUUGUUUGAAGGCCGUCGAGCUUUAGGCAAAUCAGGUGGUGCUACCACCUCAGGACAACUCUUGCCAAGGAUGAGACGAAUGGAUCCGGCAGCUGAAAAAUCACACCGACAACUUAUCGAUUGUAUUCGGUCGAAAGACACAGAUGCACUCAUCGAAGCUAUAGAAUCGGGAGGAGUCGAGGUGAAUUUUAUGGACGAUGUUGGUCAGACGUUGUUGAAUUGGGCGUCGGCGUUCGGAACGCAAGAAAUGGUCGAGUAUUUGUGUGAUAGAGGUGCUGAUGUUAACAAAGGACAAAGGAGUUCGUCGUUGCAUUACGCGGCGUGUUUCGGUCGUCCUGCGAUAGCUAAAGUGUUGUUACGUCAUGGUGCUAAUCCAGAUCUGCGCGACGAAGACGGUAAAACACCUUUGGAUAAAGCUCGAGAACGGGCCGAUGAAGGACAUCGCGAAGUGGCGGCAAUUUUACAAUCACCCGGUGAAUGGAUGAUUCCGAUCGAUAAAGAUCGCAAUCGAAAAUCCGAAUCGGACAACGAUGACAAUAUUGAACCGCGUGGCGAUCCUGAAAUGGCCCCGGUUUAUCUAAAAAGACUCUUACCGGUGUUUUGUACGACGUUUCAAUCGACAAUGCUAGCGUCCGUUCGUAAGGCUAGUUUAGGAUUAAUUAAAAAAAUGAUACACUACAUUCUACCUAGUUUACUGGAGGAACUUUGCAACAAUGAAUCUAGUCCAAAUUUCGGAACGCAACUAGUUGAAGUGAUUGCAACGGUUUUGGAUAAUGAGAUGACUUAUUGCUGGCCCAACACUCAUAAAACCAUCACAGCACCCUUCAGUUUAUUAGUGCGCACGAUGCGUGCUUUGGUGCAUGAUAGGCGUGUUAUUCCGUAUCCCUCUCUGGAUGACGAAGACGGCCACCUGAUCGUUCUCGCCAUUAUCCAAGACUUGAUGGCUAAAUGCCAGGAAAUAUUCCUGGAUCAUUUCGCGCGUCUCGGAAUCUUUUCAAAGGUCCAAGCUUUAGCCGGCCCUCCAGAAGUGCAAGAAAACGAAGAGAACGAGCAACAGACGACCGAAGAAGUUACCGAGCAAAGUCAUGUGGAAGAUGCCAAAGAAAUUUUACCAGGUAAAGCCUACCAUUGGAGAGAUUGGUCAGUGUGUCGAGGUCGAGAUUGUUUGUAUAUUUGGUCAGAUGCGGCCGCUCUCGAACUGUCAAACGGUUCGAACGGUUGGUUUCGUUUCAUACUCGAUGGGAAACUGGCGACGAUGUAUUCGAGCGGAUCGCCGGAAGGUGGUGCUGAUACUUCCGGCAAAGGACGAGCCGCAGACACACUCACGACCGAAGAAAAUCGAGGCGAAUUUUUGGAAAAGUUACAACGGGCCCGUGCUGCUGUCAGAAGUAACGUCAGUUCGAUACCCAUUUUAUCAAAGCCGGGACCUACGCGUUUGGUUGUGGGCAACUGGUCAUUAACGUCACGAAAAGAUGCAGAAAUUCACAUCCAUAAUUCCGACGGCCAACAUCAAACUACGAUUUUAAGAGAAGACCUUCCCGGUUUUAUUUUUGAGUCAAACAGAGGCACUAAACAUUCAUUUACAGCGGAGACUAGCCUAGGUCCCGAAUUUUCCGCCGGUUGGACCAACAAGAAAGGUAAACGUCUACGCUCAAAAACCGAAGCCACAAAGAUCAAAGUGAAAUACCUGGCUCAUUCGAUAUACGAACAGUAUUUCCGUGCGGCUCAAGCUCAACCUCGAGGAGUAGUAGCGAAAUUAGGCAACAUUGUAGCUCAAAUUGAACGCGCAUGUCAAAAACAAUGUUCCUACGGUAAUAAUCGUGAAGGUGGUAAUUCCUGGAAGGAAAUUCUAAGGAAUGCACUCGAUGAUCUUACCCAAAUUCUCGAAGACGACGGUGUUGUUAGCGCUUAUGAAUUGCACAGUUCGGGUUUAAUUCAAGCCCUUCUAUCGCUACUAUCAACCAGUUAUUGGGAUCAAGGCUUAAAGUCGAGCAAAAUGAACAAAUACCAGAAACAAAGAGUGCAAGUCUUUAAACAAUGUUUCAAAAGCAGGGCAAACGAGGAAAAGAACUCGAUUCAGAUUCUUGUACAUAAAUUAGUGGCGGUACUUGAAAGUAUCGAAAAAUUACCAGUUUAUCUUUACGAUUCUCCGGGGUCGGGGUAUGGUUUACAAAUUUUGACCAGACGUUUGCGAUUUCGAUUGGAGAAGGCGCCAGGUGAAAGUUCGUUAAUUGAUCGGACUGGUCGUGGCCUCAAAAUGGAACCUUUAAGUACCGUAGCACAAUUGGAGCGAUACUUGUUGAAGAUGGUGGCGAAACAAUGGUACGACUAUGAUAGGAGUACGUUUCAAUUUUUGAAAAAGUUACGCGAGAGUAAAUACCAAACGUUUAAACAUAGUCACGAUUUUGACGAGAAUGGAAUUAUUUAUUUUAUCGGAACGAAUGGUAAAACUAGCUCUGAGUGGGUUAAUCCGGCUCAGUAUGGUCUAGUAACUGUGACGAGUUCUGACGGGCGUAAUUUGCCAUAUGGUCGAGUUGAGGAUAUUCUAUCGCGUGAUUCAUCAGCUUUAAAUUGCCACACAAACGAUGAUAAAAAGGCUUGGUUUAGUAUAGAUUUGGGUCUUUAUGUUAUUCCAAGUGGUUACACGUUGAGACAUGCAAGGGGAUAUGGACGUUCGGCGUUACGUAAUUGGUACUUUCAAAUGUCACGUGAUGGAAUCACGUGGACAACUUUAUCCACUCAUACUGACGAUACCUCGUUGAAUGAUCCGGGUUCGACUAACAGUUGGCCGAUCGAACUGUCGUCACCUGAUGAACAAGGGUGGCGCCACGUUCGCAUCCAACAAGCCGGUAAAAACGCAUCCGGCCAAACCCACUAUUUGAGUCUUUCUGGUUUUGAAAUUUACGGUCAAGUAGUUGGAGUGUGCGAAGAUUUAGGUAAAGCGGCUAAAGAAGCCGAAGCACAUUUACGCAAACAGAGACGUUUGCUUAAGUCACAAUUAUUGAAACAUAUGACCGUUGGUGCUAGAGUCGUUCGAGGGAUUGAUUGGAAAUGGCGAGGACAAGAUGGGAAUCCUCCAGGUGAAGGUACAGUCACUGGAGAACUUCACAGUGGUUGGAUCGACGUCACGUGGGAUCAUGGUGGUUCAAAUUCUUAUCGAAUGGGUGCUGAAGGUAAAUACGACCUGAAGUUAGCGCCCGGCUAUGAUGUGGAAGCCACAACAUCAUCCAAAAACGCGACAAGUAAACCAAAAGACAGUAAAGAUAAACAGAGUGUGUUAACUAGUCGCAAAAGUAGUUCAACUCCAAGUUUGCCCGAAGCAACCGAUGUUAAGACAUCGGUUGCGUCAACAGAACAAGCCGCCUCAGCUGAUAAUUUAGCGGCAAAGCAAGCUGCGGAAACGAUCGCCGAAAGUGUGCUGAAUAUGGCACGAAACGAAGCUUUGGUUGCUGUCACUUCAGAAUCUCAAGCCGCAAAUAACGAUUCGGAACUUUCGGUGGUUGUACAUCCAUUGAGAGACCCACACCAUGACCUAUCAACGAUAAAUAAUUCGAGUGAUUUGGCUACGAUUGUCGAAAGUUUGGCACUGUCUGACACUAAACCGGCCACUGUCACAACACGACGACAAAAUUCGGACGAUCGACCGAACACAUCCGAAAAAGCAUCAAUGGUCACAAGCAACUCAACUUCAAACCUAAAUAAAAGUGGACACUCAAAUCGAUCAAAAAUCAAUAAUAGUCAAGUGGCCGCAGCUGCAGCACAAACAUUUGUCGAAGCCGUCGAAGCGUUAGAUAAACUUCGCGAAGGUUCGGACAUGUUACGUAACAACACGAAUAAUUUCCUGUCCGGUGAGUUACUACAAACCGCUUUGAGUCUAGGCCAGACUAGCCAACAAUCAAUAAGCUCUCUAAAUACAGGUGUACGCAUUUCGGUAUCAGGUAAUCCCGAAACCGAUGAAGAAAAACCAGUUCGGAGGAAACCCGACGAACCAUCAACAACUAAAGAUCCAUGCAGCGAAAAAGACGAAGUUACGAAUAAUGCCCGAAACACGAGUAAUAACACAAUCGUUGUGACAAACCCGAUGAGUGUUAGUGUUCCAAAUUUGACUUCGACAGAAGCCAAUAGUCAAAUCGAGCCAACUUCAACCGCUGGUCUUUUAGAAACGUUUGCAGCUUUAGCGAGACGACGAACUUUGGGUUCGGUCACCACGACGAACAGUUCGAACGCAAACCCGAAUAAUUCGGGCGCUAUAACAAAUUCCAACGCACAGAAUAAUCAGAAUACGGGUUCUUUGUUUCCGAGAGGACCGAAUUCGGUGUCGAGUUUGGUGCGGCUUGCUUUAUCGAGUAAUUUUCCUGGAGGUUUGCUUAGUACAGCUCAAAGUUAUCCUAGUUUAUCAUCGAGUAAUAACACAGCAGCUCAACAAGGGGGAAUUUCGACGACUGCAGGGACGGUGCAAGGGUUGAGUCAAGCGUUGACGAUGAGUCUAACGUCGACGAGCAGCGACAGCGAACAGGUGUCACUUGAGGAUUUUUUGGAAUCGUGUCGUGCGCCGACGCUUCUUGCUGAGUUGGACGACGAUGAGGAGAUGGGCGAUGAAGAUGAUAACGACGAUGAUGAAAAUGAAGACGACGCCGAUUAUGACGAAGUCAUGGUUUCGAGGAAUUUGUUGUCGUUUAUGGAGGAAGAAGGGUUUGAAACGAGUUCAAGGCCGAGUAAGAGGCGAUCAUGGGAUGAUGAGUAUGUGCUGAAAAGGCAAUUUUCGGCUUUAAUUCCCGCGUUUGAUCCGAGACCGGGAAGGACUAACGUCAAUCAGACUACAGAUUUGGAAGUACCACCGCCUGGACAAGAAGAAAACGGUUCUUAUUUAGAACACGAAUUGUUGCCACAACCGAAAUUGCAACUAGUGUUGAGGGGUCCAAAUAUGCCGGGAAUUCCCGACGUUGAAAUCGAAUUAAACGAUCCGUCUUGGACCAUAUUUAGAGCGGUUCAAGAGUUGAUGCAAAUGACCGAAUUCGGUUCAAAACAAGAGAAACUGAGACGGAUUUGGGAACCCACAUAUAUAAUUGUAUAUCGCGAAUUAAAAGACGAUGGAACUUACGAUUCGGAAGAGGGUCGUGCCACUCCUGUUGUCCUUUAUUCCCGAAGUGGAAGUAGUUCAGUUGCUGGUACCACCCUUUCACCCAGUACUCCUGUUCCUGGAACACCAUCAGUCUCAAAUUGUACCGUCGAAGACGUCCUUCAGUUACUACGUCAUCUUUUUGUAAUCACAACAACAAAAGAGAACGAUUUGAAUUCGUUAGACAACAACAUCGAAAUCACUCCCGACCAAUAUACUAGCAAAAAGAUCACAAACAAGCUAUUGCAACAAAUCCAAGACCCGUUGGUACUGUCGAGUUCUAGUUUACCGGCAUGGUGUGAAGAGUUGAAUCAUUCGUGUCCGUUUUUAUUCCCGUUCGAAACUCGCCACUUGUAUUUCAAUUGUACCGCAUUUGGAGCGUCUCGAAGUAUAGUCUGGUUGCAAACCCAGCGUGAUGUCACAAUGGAAAGGCAAAGAACCACGGGUUUGUCACCACGUCGCGACGAACCACAUGAGUUUAGAGUAGGGCGUUUGAAACACGAAAGGGUGAAAGUUCCUAGAGGUGAAGAGAUUCUGAGUUGGGCAAUGCAAGUUAUGAAAAUCCAUUCGGAUAGAAAAUCAAUACUUGAAGUAGAGUUUUUGGGAGAGGAAGGUACAGGACUGGGCCCAACUUUAGAAUUCUAUGCUUUGGUCGCUGCCGAAUUACAGAGGAGGGAUUUAGGGAUGUGGAUUUGUGACGAUGAUGCCAUUGAUAUGCAAGAAAUUGUUGAUCUAGGUGAGGGUGUUAAACCUCCCGGAUACUACGUGCGGCGAGUGUCGGGUCUAUUCCCUGCACCUUUGCCGCAAAAUUCUGAAAUUUGUGAUAAGGCCGUUAAGUAUUUCUGGUUUUUGGGCGUGUUUCUCGCGAAAGUUUUGCAAGAUAAUCGUUUAGUUGACUUGCCGUUGAGUCAGAGUUUCUUGAAAUUGAUGUGUCAUGGAGAGAUUCAGAACACAGUCAAUGAACGGAUUGGAUUUGCGGGUGUUAAAAAAUCGAGCGAGGAUGAUAUUAUGACUUCGAGUUUGAUCUCGGAAGAGAGUGAGAAAGAGUUGGAGUUGGAUCCGCCUAAAAUGAUUAUUGAGGAUAAAAAACCGUGGUAUUUGAAUAUUCUCGGUGAAGAGGAUCUCCAUGAUAUUGACUACAUCAGAGCGAAUUUCUUGAAACAGAUUAGGGAAUUAGUGAAACAGAAACAUAAAGUAAUGCAAGAUCAUAAUCUUUCGCCCGAAGCGAAAACACAUCAAAUACAAAAUAUGUGCUUGAAUCACGCUUCUGGGCCUGUGCUCUUAGAAGAUUUAGCUUUGACGUUCACAUACGCGCCUAGUUCUAGUGCUUUCGGCUUUUCGGCUGUCGAAUUAGUGUCGAACGGAGCCGAUAUUGAAGUUAAUAUAGAAAAUAUAGAGGAAUAUGCGGAAUUGACAACGUCGUUCUGCUUAGAUAAAGGUAUAGCUAGACAACUCGAAGCGUUCCAUAAAGGCUUCUGUACGGUGUUCCCUAUGGAGAAGUUGGCUGCUUUUAGUCCAGACGAAAUGAGGAUUAUGCUGUGCGGCGACCAGAAUCCUCAGUGGACGCGUGACGAUCUCAUCAACUACACGGAACCCAAACUAGGAUAUACUAAAGACAGCCCUGGUUUUCUGCGGUUUGUCAACGUGUUGGUGGAAAUGUCCCCCGAAGAAAGGAAAGCGUUCCUCCAGUUUACGACCGGGUGCAGUUCGUUACCUCCUGGUGGUUUGGCAAAUUUGUAUCCGAGGCUGACCAUAGUGCGAAAAGUGGAUGCUGGCGAAGGCUCAUAUCCCUCUGUUAAUACCUGUGUCCAUUAUUUGAAGCUACCUGAUUAUCCCACUGAGGAGAUUUUGCGACAGAGACUUUUAGCAGCUACUAAAGAAAAAGGAUUCCAUUUGAACUAGAAAACAAAUGCUGCUAACUAAAUUUGUACCUUUUAAAUUAAUGUUUCUUUUAGGGUAAAAGUAUAAAGAGAUAUAAAAAAGAGUACUGAGACUUUUUUGUAUUGUUUAUAUUAUUAAUUCUGAUAUUUUCGUAGCAAAUUAUCAAGCUGUACACUUUUAAAAAGUACACUAUUUUUCAGCAACACUUGUUAACGAAGCUGCUAGUGCAUCUUUAGUGAUAUCUUGAAAAAUAGAGAAUUUAUGACCAAAUUUCAUCAUGAUACGUGACGAUUUUUUAUUUAUUGUGAUUCAUUAAUUUGCAAUACAUUUACUGAAUAUUUAAUUAUUAGUGCAUAGGGCACUGGGUAUUUAUGGUUUAGAGUUAAUUUUGCUUACUACUCACAGCGUAACUUACAGUAGAAAAUGUCUGUAUGUAUUGAUGUUAAAUUCAAUGUUAUUACUCCUAAUAAACUACUUUAAAUUCUA